CAGCAGUUCAAACAGGGAGUCAGGAAAAAAAACACAGAUUUUCACUCAGAGAACAUGUUUUAUUAAGAGAGAGGAAAAGUCACUGUGUUUAAACACAAACUAAAAACUCAGAGGGGCAGACGAGGAAAAUCUGCUCAAACAUAYUAACAUCAGAGAGGGCGAGAGCUAUAAGUUUACUCUUUCACCUCCACUUUCAGACACAUUUUCAGACUCUGGUGUUGGUGCAGAGUGUGUGUGCGACCCUGUGUGAGGAGGAGGAGGAGGAGGGCUGAUCAACCCCAACAAGCACAGCAGCGGGGAGGAAGGAGCAAAGAGAGUGGAUGGAUGCCUUCUGCAGACUCAGUGGCCUGGACCCUCUGUGGGACUGGAACCGCACGUGGUACACAGCCAACCCUGACCUAACCCAGUGUUUCCAGAACACAGUGCUGGUGUGGGUCCCCUGCAUUUAUUUAUGGUUGUUGGUCCCUUUCUACUGCCUUCACCUCUAUUGUCAUGACAAUGGACGGAUUCAAAUGUCCUACCUCUGCACAGCCAAGAUGGUGUUGGGUUUCCUGCUGGCCUCGUUCGGCUUUGUUGAAUUCUUCUACAUCCUGCUGGAGAGAAGUCAAGAGAUUCAGCAGCACAUGGUCUUCCUGCUGAGCCCCAUCACACGCAGCAUGACUGUGAUCCUGGUGUUGUGCAUCAUCCAGUUGGAAAGAAUAAGAGGCUGUCGCUCCUCUGUGUUCCUCUUCUUGUUCUGGGUCUUGUCUGUCGUCUGUUCGCUGGUGCCUCUUAGAGCGAAGAUCCAGCUCGCCAUAGAUGAGGGCAUCAUGUCUGAUAUCGUUCGAUACCUCGCCUUCUUCUCAUAUUUCUCCAUCCAGCUGGCCCAGCUCUUCCUGUGCUGCUUCGCUGACCAGUCUCCGCUGGGAAAACCCAUCUUGGAAAAGAAUCCCUGUCCCGUGAAAGAUGCCUCUUUCCUCUCAAAGAUCCUCUUCUGGUGGUUCACUGGGCUUGUUGUGAAAGGAUAUCGCUCACCGCUCGAAGCAGAGGAUCUGUGGACCCUGAGAGAGGAAGACACGUCCCACAAGAUCAUCUCUGAGCUGCAACAGAACUGGACAGCUGAAUGCGCCAGACUCCAGAAACAGGAGAAAGCCUUAGCGUCGGGUGCGGCGCUGGGGAGCAGGCUGCCAGACCAGGCUCAGCUCCUCAGGAAGCUACAGAAGGAGCAGAGCUCGGGCUUUUUCCUGCUCAGGACKCUGGCGCGCAAGUUUGGUCCGUAUUUCCUGACCGGCACCUUGUGCAUCAUAUUCCAUGACGCGUUCAUGUUCGCCAUCCCUCAGGUUUUGAGUCUUCUCCUGGGCUUCAUGAAAAACGCAGACGCUCCGCUGUGGAAGGGCUUCUUCUACGCCACAUUAAUGUUCCUCCUCUCCUGCCUGCAGUCCCUCUUCAACCAUCAGUACAUGUACACCUGCUUCACAGUGGGCAUGAGGGUGAAGACCGCCGUCAUGGGCUUGGUUUACAGGAAGUCUUUGGUGAUAAACAGCUCUGCCAGGAGAACUUGCACCGUGGGCGAAAUAGUAAAUCUGGUCUCGGCAGACACUCAGAAGCUCAUGGAUUUUGUGGUGUACUUCAACGCUGUCUGGCUGGCUCCWAUCGAGAUUGCGCUUUGUCUCUUCUUCCUCUGGCAGCAUCUGGGCCCGUCAGCGUUGGCAGGAAUUGCCACGGUCAUUCUCAUUUUCCCCCUCAACGGGUUCAUCGCAAAGAAAAGGAGCAAGCUGCAGGAGAUUCAAAUGAAGUUCAUGGACGGGCGCAUCAGAUUGAUGAACGAGAUCCUGAACGGAAUAAAGAUCUUGAAGUUUUAUGCCUGGGAGAAGGCUUUCCUGGAGCAGGUUUUGGGCUACAGAGAGAAGGAGCUGAGAGCCCUGAAGAAAUCUCAGAUCCUUUAUUCMAUCUCCAUCGCAUCCUUUAACUCCUCGUCUUUCAUGAUUGCCUUUGCCAUGUUUGGCGUCUACGUGACCCUGGAUGACAGGAACGUCUUGGACGCACAGAAAGUUUUUGUCUCCAUGGCGAUAAUUAACAUCUUGAAAACUCCACUCAGCCAGCUGCCGUUCGCCAUUAGCACAACGAUGCAGGCUCUGGUUUCGCUGAGACGCCUCGGAAAAUAUCUCUGCUCAGAGGAACUGAAGGUGGACAACGUCUCCAAGGCCCUGCUGAGCCCAGAGAGUGAAGAUGUGAUGAUAGAAAAUGGUACUUUCAGCUGGUCUGCAGAAGGUCCUCCGUGUCUCAAAAGGAUCAACGUGCGAGUGCCACGAGGAUCCCUUGUAGCUGUGGUCGGGCACGUGGGCAGUGGAAAGUCCUCUUUGUUGUCCGCCAUGCUCGGCGAAACAGAAAAGAGAAGUGGACAGGUCACUGUGAAGGGUUCUGUGGCAUACGUGCCCCAGCAGGCCUGGAUCCAGAACGCCACCGUCCAGGACAAUGUACUGUUCGGUCGGGAGAAGAUGAAAACGUGGUACCAGCGCGUGCUGGAGGCCUGCGCCCUGCUGCCUGACCUGGACAUCUUACCUGCAGGAGAUGCAACAGAAAUAGGAGAGAAGGGACUGAACCUCUCAGGAGGGCAGAAGCAGAGGGUGAGUCUGGCCAGGGCCGUCUACAGAAAGGCUGAUGUUUACCUGCUGGAUGAUCCACUGUCUGCCGUUGAUGCACAUGUGGGUCAGCACAUCUUUGACAAAGUCAUUGGACCCAAAGGAGUACUUAGAGACAAGACCCGCGUCCUGGUGACCCACGGGAUGAGCUUCCUGCCUCAGGCUGACCUCAUCCUGGUUCUGGUAGAUGGAGAAAUCACAGAGAGCGGCUCUUACCAGGAGCUGCUCAGCCGCCACGGCGCCUUUGCUGACUUCAUUCACACUUUCGCGAGCACCGAGAGAAAAGAGAGCGCCAUUCAGAGAGCUGGUUCCAGGAGGUCCAACGCUCGACUCAGUGUGGUUGAUUUCAUGCCGUUCUCCAGGGAUCUGUCGCAGGAGCAGCUCAUUGGGGGUGAUACCACUAAUACCAACCUGCAAAACAUGGAGCCCGUGUCUGAAGCUGACCAGGAGCAGGUACCAGAGGACCUGGGGAGGCUGACAGAGGUUGACAAGGCUUGCACUGGACGAGUCAGGUUGGAGAUGUACAAGAAGUACUUCAAGACCAUCGGCUUGGCCAUCAUCAUUCUCAUCGUCUUCCUGUACGCCUUCCAGCAGGGCGCCUCUCUGGCCUACAACUACUGGCUCAGCAUGUGGGCUGACGAUCCUGUGGUCAACGGCACGCAGAUUGAUACCGAUCUGAAGCUGGCUGUUUUUGGAGCGCUGGGAUUUGUGCAAGGCAUUGCUAUUUUUGGAACGACCGUUGCGAUCUCCAUCUGCGGCAUCAUUGCCUCUCGCCAGCUGCACAUGGACCUGCUGGUCAACGUCCUCCGGUCUCCCAUGUCUUUCUUUGAAUCCACGCCCAGCGGCAACCUCCUGAACCGCUUCGCUAAGGAGAUUGAUGCCAUCGACUGCAUGGUCCCCGAUGGUUUGAAGAUGAUGCUGAGCUACGUCUUUAAGCUCAUGGAAGUCUGCAUCAUUGUGCUGAUAGCGACACCCUUCGCAGCUGUGAUCAUCCUGCCUCUCGCCUUUCUCUACGCUUUUGUCCAGAGCUUCUACGUCGCCACAUCCUGUCAGCUGCGCAGGCUGGAAGCUGUGAGCCGCUCGCCCAUUUACACCCACUUCAACGAGACAGUCCAGGGUGCCAGCGUGAUCCGGGCCUUCGGAGAGCAGUCCCGCUUCAUCCUGCAGGCGAACGAGCGGGUCGACUUCAAUCAGACCUCCUACUUCCCCCGAUUUGUUGCCACCCGGUGGCUGGCAGUCAAUCUGGAGUUUGUUGGUAACAUUGUGGUCCUGGCUGCUGCCAUUCUUUCUGUAAUGGGGAGAAGCACCCUGAGUCCAGGCAUUGUUGGUCUGGCGGUGUCCCACUCCCUCCAGGUGACUGGAAUCUUGAGCUGGAUUGUGCGAUCCUGGACCGACGUGGAAAAUAACAUCGUUUCGGUGGAGAGGGUUAACGAGUACGCUGACACUCCCAAAGAGGCCAGCUGGAGCACAGAGGGCAGCUCUUUGCCCCUGGCUUGGCCCCAGAGUGGCACCAUCCAGUUCCAGGACUACGGGCUGCAGUACCGUAAAGGCCUUGAGCUCGCCCUGAAAGACGUCACGCUGCAGAUCCACGAAAGAGAGAAGGUUGGGAUAGUGGGAAGAACGGGAGCUGGAAAGUCCUCACUGGCACUGGGAAUCUUCAGGAUCCUGGAGGCAGCAAAGGGGAAGAUCUUUGUAGACGGAGUGGAUAUUGCUGAGAUCGGGCUUCAUGACCUGAGGUCACGCAUCACCAUCAUCCCUCAGGACCCUGUUCUGUUCUCAGGCUCCCUGAGGAUGAACCUUGACCCCUUCGACACCUACACAGAUGAAGAUAUUUGGAGUUCUCUGGAGCUCGCUCACCUCAAAACCUUUGUGUCCAAUCUGCCCGACAAACUCAACUAUGAAUGCUCAGAGGGAGGAGAAAACCUCAGUUUGGGUCAGCGCCAACUGGUCUGCCUGGCCCGGGCCUUGCUGAGGAAAACCAAGAUCCUGGUUUUGGACGAAGCGACGGCCGCCGUGGACCUGGAGACGGACACUCUGAUUCAGUCAACGAUCCGCACUCAGUUUGAGGACUGCACCGUCCUGACCAUCGCCCAUCGCCUCAACACCAUCAUGGACUACACCAGAGUCAUCGUCAUGGACAGAGGUCACAUCUGUGAGAUGGACUCUCCAGCCAACCUCAUCUCACAACGGGGACAGUUUUACCGAAUGUGCCUGGAAGCCGGGUUGGUCUAGCAUUUUCUCAGAGAACUGAGGACCUGCUGUACAGACGUGGCACCUUUUUUUAUGUGGCUCUUCGAAGGGGCCGUUUCAAGCUUUGUGGCAUCUCAAAACUCUCUCGGCGAGGGCAUUGUUGAUGAAUUUCAAGAGCAGCUGCUGACACAUCUCUUCAGUAUUUUUUUUUAAAACAAAGACACCUUGUUCUAAUUCAGGAAAAGACAUGAUGAACAUUCAAAACAAAAGCUUGUUUUUGAGUCUUAAAGCUACAAACAGAGCAGUGAAGUUAGUUUUGUCUCAAAAAGCCAAAGACUGGAUUGAAAGAGUAAAACGGAUGUUAGAGUUUUGUUCUCUUUAAGGAUGAUUGUUUUAUUGGUUUUGUAUUUGUUUGUGUUUAUAAAGCACAUYUCUUUUAUUGAUGAUGUCUCAGGCUUAGACGUGUAUGUUUACUCACUUUAUUAGCCUUGUAUACCAAAGAAGAGGCACUUUUGUACUUGUCAACUGAAAAAAAAUCUAUGGUUUUGGUUCUCGUCUCAGGAACUGGGACAGAAAAUAUUGUGACACACUAACCUUCACAAGGUUCAUGCUGGCAAAUGCAGGGAAAGGAGGUUUAAAUAGCCUUCAGAGUUUAAGCUUUAGGUCCAUUUUUAUACAUCAGGGAGCUGGAGGAAAACAUAGAAGUAAGCCAAGACAUUCGCAAACGUCCAACUAUGUUGUGGCUGUUGUUUAUUUCUGUCAAAGUAAACACAUAAAAAGUCAAUAGAGACCUUGUUGGUCAAAUUUAACCUGACACCGGUAGUGAAAACCACCAUGAAUGAAGAGAAUGCCUCUUAAAAACAAUGGUGAUAAAUCUCGACGUGUUGUCUGUGUGCCUUCACCACACAAACUCAGGCCAUACCAUAUGCAGAAAAAAAAAGAAAAAAAUCAGUAUUUUUCUUAUGGUGCUGACUUGACAGACUGUAAAUAGUCCACGCAAAGUUUUAGACUUGAUUCAAAGAAAGAACCCUGUGACCCUUUCAGAGAAGAGAAGCGUUUACUGUUUUUGUCUUACUGGUUUAGACAAUAUAAUGUAAGAAAAAACCCAAGUGUUUAUUUAUGUCAUGCUGUAUGACAAAAUGUAUUAAGUGUCCUUAAAUUUUUGAGGAUAAUCUUUUAUUUAUACUUUUUAUAACAAGCUUGAUUAUUUUCACUGACCUUUUAUUGUUAAUGUACUGUCUUGUUUGAUGCAUCUUGCUGGAUAAUAAAAUUUAUUUGAAUCUGUG